ACAUGGCUGACUGAAUGCAUUUAUUCAAGUUUAUGUUGUGUCUGUCAAUGCAGGAAAUGUUUCAAGUGUUAAAGGUAAUAGUAGAAAAAGCAGUAGAGUGAAGAGUAAAUGCAAAUAUUGAAAUCUGCAAAAGGGAGAGAGUGAACAGGAUAGGGUGUUGACGGAAAAGAGUGUUGGCAUGAAUGUGAUGGUGUUGCAAUAACAGGCAAAUCAAACUGCAUGUUAAGUCAUGUUGAUUCUGCCACCACUUCAAACCAUAUCAGUUAAAUCUUGUUGUAAAUAAUAUCCAACACAGGCAUUCACAUGAAUUGCAGUAUACUGUGUGUCUGUCAGGAGGCCUGGUGUGUGUUUCCCACACACGCGGUCACAAACCACGGUGCAGUCUGACAGUUAGAUAUCCCCAUAAACAUCCUCAUUAUUUGCCGCUGUCUGUCUGUUGUGCGAGGCGUGCUGGUAGCUGUUAGUUGUGAAAUCAAUCUCUUCUCAACCACGUCUUUGAACAUGCAGGAGAAAUGUGUUUCUAAAGGUGAAAAGACUCCAUGGACAAGAGCUAGGCCACGGUUAUGGGUGCCGCCCUUCAUGCUGGGAAUAGUAAUAUAUAUUUUCAAGGUACCAUUGCCUUUGAACUUUUGGAGGGCAACUUCAGUGUUGAACCAAUCUUACAACAAUAUGACUACUGAAAUUGGCAGUUACUUUGUGGCAUACCCGCACCAGUACACUUUCAGAUUGGAUGAACCAAUCAGAUGUCAGCAGGAAAGUCCAUUCUUGGUUCUUAUGAUCCCAGUCGCAAUUCACAACAGGGAGGCCCGUGACAUAAUUCGUAACACUUGGGGCAAAGAAACUACAGUGCUGGGCAAAGUUGUCAGCCACUUCUUCCUGCUGGGGGUGUCCAGAGAGGGAGAUAAGCUCCUGGAUGAGGAAGUGUUACAGGAAAGCCGGAGACAUAAAGACAUUCUCCAGAGUAGCUUUGUGGACAGCUACAAUAACCUCACCAUUAAAACCAUGGUCAUGUUUGAAUGGCUCAGCUCUCAUUGCCCCAACACCUCCUACGCCAUGAAAGUCGACUCGGACAUAUUCCUUAAUGUCCAGAAGCUUGUUGACAUGCUUUUGAAAGCCCCCCAACAUCGCUACUUGACAGGACAUGUGGUAAGGUAUGCUGCUGUUAUUCGAGACCAGACCUCAAAGUGGUUUCUGCCUGUUUCUGCCUUCCCCGAGCCAACCUACCCACCGUACGCCCAGGGACUGGGCUAUGUGUUCUCACUGGAUUUGCCCCAAAAGAUACUGGAGGCAUCUUUGCAUGUUAAAGCUAUUUACAUUGAAGAUGUCUAUGUGGGACUUUGUUUGAGACAUAUUGGAAUCGCACUAACAGAUCCUCCUCACAGUGGCUUGUUUAUGGAAAUGAUGCCUUUGUUGACAAGCAGCUGUUACUGGACCUCUGUCAUUACAACAAUACCGGGGAGCUCUCAGCAGCUUCUGGAUGUAUGGGGAAUGUAUGAGACUCAAACACAAAGUGGCUGUUAAUCAAUUCUGCCCAUGCCUUCUUUUAAACCGUUUAAAAGCUGCACCUUGUAAAUGCAUAACCCCUUUGCACAGUACAGCAGUUACAUCAUAACCCUAUAUUCACCUUAAGUUACUGUCGUCAUGAUAUUUUUUCUCUGUGACGUAUGGAAUCAACUUUUGAUACUAAGAUAGAGAUUGUGAGACAGAUAUGCAUUUCGACAGUAAGGAAAAUGUGUCAUAUUUUAGUUGAUUGCAAAGAUUGCACAAAUGGUUGUAAAGAUAUUGAUGUAAUUAAAAUAUUUUAUGAUGAUA